AUGGCAUCUGAAGAAACAUCAGCUGUGGCAAAGCCAGCCUAUGUCUCCCAGGUCUCGGGCUUUUGCGCCUCUGUGUGGACGUCUGCUGCAAACCUGGCCGCCUCCGCCAAACGAGAGGUCGGGGAAACGAUCGAGGAUAUCAAAUUCAGUCCUGGCGAGGUAGCCAACCAAACAAACAACGACGUGCUCGAUGCGUCUCGCAAGUUACGUGGCCAACCGGGUUUGUGCACCAGGUGCGAGUCGUUCCCAUCCGGGGGAUUCAGAUCUGCCACCACAGAGUGCCUUACCUGGACCACGCCUCUUUCAAGAAUCCUCUACCAUUCCGACUGGUGCCAAAUGUGCCGUUUUCUUCUCGACAUGCUCUGUCGUCCAGACAACGAUCCGCUCAAGCAUCCCGAAGUCGCUCCCCACGUUCAAGAUAAUAUGCGAGGCAUGUCCAUGUCGGAAUGGUCAGAGCAGGGUUGGAAGUAUACGGAUGCCAACUGGCCCUUUGGUAGAGGCGAGCUUCGCGCUGAAGGUGCUACGUAUCGACUUGGCCAUGCGAACGAGCAAUUACCCGUCCUGGCUCCUGCCAUGGCUCGCCAAUUGGUAGCUGAACUAUCAUCAUCAAGAUCAACCAAGCCAAAGCCGAAACCACGGAGUGAUUGGAAACUUAUCGAGGAGGGAAGGAAAUCGUUGACGCGCCAUCCGAACGCUUGCGAUCUAGUCCUGAACAUGAUUACGAGCCAGGACCAGAACAACGCCGGCAUCAUAUUUGCAACUCUGUUUGGUUCUGGAAACCGUCCCGGGGGGGCAGUCCAGAGCUUGAGUUGCUUUCGCCUGAGAAUCGCACACCCCAACCUGCAGAGCCUGCCUGGGGCCACAAACGAGCUAUGGUAUGGAAAUGUUCUGGAUAAAGAUUGGAUUGAUAUAGCAAUCGGAAAACGCUGGAUCCAGGAGUGUCUGGAAAGGCAUUGUGAGAAGUGCAGUCGUCCAGGUUGGAGUGCGGCUAUGCAGAAGUUGGACUUCCUCCGGGUGAUAGACGUUGAGAGAAUGUGCUUGGUUGAGAUUGAAAACCCAGGAACCUGCCGGCUCAUUGCUCUAUCCUACAUGUGGGGAGGUGAUCAGAAAUGUAAAUUGGAGGGGAGCCAUCUCCAAGCAUGGUCUCAACCUGGGGGGCUAUCUACGAUAGCCAAUACUUUGCCUCUUACCAUUCGGGAUUCGAUCGAGGUCGUCAAACGCCUAGGCGAACGAUAUUUGUGGGUUGAUUCACUGUGCAUACAACAAGAUGGGGGCGACGAGAAGGGCCGUCAAAUUGCUGCGAUGGAUCGUAUCUAUGGCACAGCCCUUCUGACCAUCGUCGCUGCAUCUGGAGAUAACGCCAACGCGGGGCUUCGAGCUUAUAUCAUUGCGCCCUUCGAGAGCACUCAGGACAUAUCGAAAUUAGCUUGGUCAUCUCGGGGCUGGACUUUCCAAGAGAAGGCUCUCUCGCGCCGGCUGCUGAUAUUCUGCGGUGAAGAGGUAACGUGGCACUGCAGGGAGAUGAUCUGCCGAGAGGACAUGGUGAAUGUUGAUGCUGAAAAUCGAAGCAAGCCUUUGGAAUGGCUCCGGCUAACCCCUCAGCACUUCCAACUCUUUGAGGGGCCAGAUCCGUUUUGGAUGGAUGGGAGCACUGUUCGAGACAAGAAUGCGAAGACCCAUCUUGUGCGAUCCAGCGCGAUGGGUGAGUAUGCGAGAGUAGUCGAGGAAUACUCGAGUCGCCAAUUAACUGACAAAAAAGAUGUCAUUUUCGCCUUGCAGGGGCUAUUGAACAUCCUCUCCGGAGCCAUGCUGACAGAGUUCCGGUAUGGGCUUCCGGAGAACCUAUUCGAUGUUUCAGUGCUAUGGGCGCCCAGGGGAAUCCUGAAACGUCGAAACCCGUUCCCAAGUUGGUCAUGGGCAGGGUGGGAGGGCACUAUGGGAUACGAAAGCUGUCUCUCUGUCAAUAGAGAUACCGAUGGAAGAGCGAUUAGUGCAAAAAAUGCUGAGCUAGGAGAGGAAGGUAUCCGGCCCUUGAUAUACUGGUAUGCCCUGGACGCAUCUAAACGUGGUUUCCGCCGUCUGAAUACCGUUCUGGGAACCUUGCCGGAGAUACCUCGAGAAUGGGAGGGGAGGCCUUACGGCUUUCCCCAGUCCACUCAGCUCGAAACAGAGAUUGUGGAUGAAUUGAGCGGAGUAAACAUUGAUAGGCACCACUUGGUAUUCCGGACGAGUUGUGCCAACUGCAAGUUACGGUUGGGCAAGACCACUGAUGGAUCCUAUGAAUUGACUGCCCAUGUCCUAGGGCCUAGAGACACUGGGGGGCCUCUCUAUGCUGAUAUCAAAGACUCCGGGCAUCAAAGAGUUGGCCACAUCGUUCUGGAUACAGAGCCUCCAGCCGGAGGUCAAGAGACCGUCUUGGUCGUCAUCGCAGAGUCACAGCCAUUUCACCUUGGCUUUCAAUUCCAAGAUGCUGAAGAAUACUCGUGCUAUAGGGUAAUGUUACUCCUGAAACCCCCCAACUCAAACAUAUUCGAGAGGUUGGGGCUGGGGAAUGUGUGGAAGACGGCGUGGAUCUUUGCUCAGCCUUCCCUCAGAACAAUUGUACUUGGGUGA